AUGGGUUACAAAGCCGCUCUCAUCCUGGGAUUACUCCCGCAGCUACUUUCCGCUAGCAUUGUCUGCGACAUGUCCGCGGCAGCUUCCAAGGGCGAUACCUGCGAGUCCUUCGUCAAAGCCUGGGGCACGACCGUUGAAGAGUUCCAGGCAUUGAACCCCAGUGUCUCCUGCCCCGACCUCACAGAGGGUCGGAAGUAUUGCGUGAUUGGCACCGUAACCGGAGGUCCUGCUCCUACGUCUACCACCACGACUACACUGAAGACCACAACAAAGGCCACCACCACCACUUCCUCGUCCAAGUACGAGCCCACCCAGCCGGGCGUCCCCGCCAACUGCGACAAAUUCCACCUCGUCGCAUCAGGCGACCAGUGCGACACCAUCGAGGCCAAAUACGGCAUCACCGACGCGCAGUUCAAGGCGUGGAACCCCGACGUUGACGAAGGAUGCACCAACCUCUGGCUGAACUACUAUGUCUGCGUGCACAUCCCGGAGGCCACGACCACUCCCUCGGUGCCCGACCCUACGCCCACUCCCCCUGCCCCGCAACCACAGAUGCCGGGCGUUGUGAGCAACUGCAAGAAGUUCCACAAGGUCAAGGCGGGUGACAACUGUUACUCGAUCGACACUGCGGCGGGUAUCACCCUCGACCAGUUCCGCUCUUGGAACACCCAGAUUGACGCGGGCUGCACCAACUUGUGGGUGAAUUACUAUGUCUGCAUCGGUGUUUAA